UGUUCACAGUGCAGCUUUUUAAUAAAGGGAAAGUUUGUUAUUUCGAGUAAUUUUUCCAAUAUUUUACUGCCAAAUCCUUGCUCGAAAUGCGUAAAACUUCGGCACCUAGUCAAAGCAUCGUCCUCACUCCGGUAAAUUCGGCCUUUAAAUCUCCGAUUACAGUAUCGAAUAAACGCUCUCGAGAAUGCCGAGAUCGAUCGAAGGACAAAAUCAAGGACACGGGUCCUCCAUCUCCGAAGCUCACCGCUUCGGAGUACGAAAUGAUGAUCCAAAAAAUCCUGUCCCGUGCGUUCAAGAUCCCGAUAGCAAAUUAUGUUCCGGAGCACACAACCCGUUGCUUGGGCAUGAAGCGUCCCGCAGCCAGACGUGCGCUUCACGAUCCGUACGCUUGCAAUGCACUGGUACUUUUUACGCCGGAGGAACUGACGGCACAUGACAAGCUGAAGACGGAUUCCGGCAAAAUCCAGGUUCAUGUCGUCGUUGAUCCCCUGUUGGGAAACAUACUACGGCCUCAUCAGCGCGAAGGUGUUCGGUUUAUGUACGAGUGCGUUACGGGCAAGUAUGGCGAUUUCCAAGGGUGUAUUAUGGCCGAUGAAAUGGGAUUGGGGAAAACUUUGCAGUGCAUAACGCUGCUUUGGACUUUGUUGCGCCAAAGUCCGGAUUGUAAGCCUACCAUCAACAAAGCGAUCAUCGUAUGUCCCAGCUCUCUGGUCAAGAAUUGGGACAAGGAGUUUGGCAAGUGGCUCGGAUGUCGGGUCAAUUGUUUAGCCAUCGACGGCGGCUCGAAGGAGCAUACUACAAAGGAACUGGAACAGUUUAUGGCCAACCAGAGUAUGCGACAUGGGACACCGGUUCUGAUUAUUAGCUACGAAACGUUCCGGCUGUAUGCGCACAUUCUGAACAACUCCGAUGUAGGAGCCGUACUGUGCGACGAAGGUCAUCGAUUGAAGAAUUGCGAAAAUCUCACCUACCAGGCGUUGAUGGGACUGAAGACCAAACGGAGGGUUCUGCUCUCAGGAACGCCGAUUCAGAAUGAUCUGACGGAGUAUUACAGUUUGUUGCAUUUCGUAAAUCCUGGAAUGCUCGGUAGUACUAAUGAAUUCCGUCGUCAAUUCGAAAACCCGAUUCUUCGCGGCCAAGAUGCAAAUGCAACGGAAUCCGAACGGCAGAAGGCAACGGAACGACUUCAGGAGCUGACUGCUCAGGUCAACCGUUGCAUGAUCCGGCGGACAAGUUCCUUGCUAACCAAGUACCUACCGGUUAAAUUUGAAAUGGUCGUUUGCGUGAAAAUGACCGAAGUCCAAAAUGAACUGUACAAAAGCUUCCUCCAAUCGGACUCGAUCCGCCGGAGUAUGUUGGAGAAGACCCAGGUGAAAGCUAGUCUGACCGCACUCUCGAAUAUAACGUCGUUAAAAAAAUUGUGCAACCAUCCUGAUUUGGUGUACGAGAAGAUCCAGGAACGGGCUGAGGGAUUCGAAAAUGCACACAAGAUUCUUCCGAGCAACUACAACUCAAAAGAGCUGCGACCGGAAUUCGGAGGGAAAUUGAUGGUGUUAGACUGUAUGUUGGCCAGUAUCAAAAUGAACACCAACGACAAGAUUGUGCUGGUGUCGAAUUAUACCCAGACGUUGGAUCUGUUUGAAAAACUCUCCCGAAAACGUGGGUACGCGUACGUUCGACUGGACGGAUCGAUGACUAUCAAGAAACGUGGAAAGGUCGUGGAUGAGUUCAAUAAACCCGAAUCGAAGCAGUUUAUCUUCAUGCUCAGCUCCAAGGCGGGUGGCUGCGGUCUGAAUCUGAUUGGCGCGAAUCGACUGGUGAUGUUCGACCCGGAUUGGAAUCCGGCUAACGACGAACAAGCAAUGGCUCGAGUCUGGCGUGAUGGACAGAAAAAGCCUUGCUUCAUCUAUCGGCUUUUGGCUACGGGAACAAUUGAGGAAAAGAUUUUCCAACGCCAAACGCACAAAAAAGCUCUCUCGAAUACUGUGGUUGAUAACGACGAGGACGGCGAACGACACUUCACCCAAGAUGACCUUAAACAUCUGUUCAAAAUAGACGAAACGACCAUUUCCGAUACCCAUUCAAUUUUCAAGUGCAAACGGUGCGUCAACAACAUCCAGAUCAAGCUGCCACCGGAGGAAAGUGAUUGCACAUCGGACCUUUCCCAUUGGUACCACUGUUCGAACAACAAGGGUAUCCCAGACGACAUCCUGUCCAAGUCGUGGGACAUGACCAAGUGCGUUUCAUUUGUGUUCCAUCACCGAUCGAACAGUGCAGUGGUGGAGCAGCAAAUUGCCGAACAGAAACGGGUGGAAGCGCUUAAGGCAAAGGAUGAAGUGAAGGGAACAGAGGAAGCGGCGAGUGAUGGGGAUGAUGAUGAAGAAAAAGAGAACGAAGAUUCGGGUCUGGACGACGAUGAUGCUAAGGAUGAGGAUUUUGUGCCGCGAAGAUGAAUAAUUUGUUGAAAUAUUAAAAGCAAUUGUGAAUACGUACUUUCUUGAACUGGAAAUAAGAGAAAUCCUUCGUUUACAAGUACA